AUGAAUAUUAGAGGAUCUACUACACUGAUUGUUCUGUUGAUAGUGUUGCUAUCAUCAUCACUAUUGAUUACUGCUCAAAAAGAGAAACAACCAGCUGCUGCUGCUGCAACUAAACAAUCAGAAUCAUCAUCAUCAAAGCCAUCAUCAUCAUCAACACCAUCAAAGGCAUCGCUAGCGAAAAUUCGUGAUUUGAAACAGUUGGCUUUAGAUAACAAUGGUUUCCUCCAAUUAGAUUCCGCUCAAAUCAAGAAAUUCAUAACCAUCUCCAACAGACCCUAUCACCUCUUAGUCUACAUUACAUCGACAAACCCACAACACGGUUGUCAAAUCUGUCAGGUAUUAAAAGAUGAAAUUAAAACCUAUUCAAUGUUGUCAUAUCAUAACUAUUUGCAAUCACCAGAGUUUGAUAGUAAACCACUGUUUGUUAUCGUACUCGAGUUCGAACAAUCACAAGAUUUCUUUAAACAACUCCAAAUUCAAAAUAUCCCACACAUUGCAUUCUUCCCAGCUGGUAACUCAGAGUUGACCUUGAAGAACAACGUUUUCACCAGAUUAGAUAGUUUCUCAAAACAAAGAUUGUCCGAUUAUAUUGAAGAUCAAUCUGGAAUUAAGAUUGAAAUUGUAUUACCAUUCUUUGAGAAACAUGGUCAUACAUUUGGUAGAAUUGGUUUAGGUCUAUUGGCAUUACGUUUACUUAUUACAUUGAUUAACAACAGACAAAACAAGACACUUUGGAUGCUAAUCUCAAUGUUGAUUGUAGGAUCAGUUUUAUCAGGUAUAUUUUAUGUGUUCAUUCACAAACCACCUUUAUUCGAAGUUAGAGGACAAAAUGAAAUCAGUUAUUUCUCAAGAGGUACACGUUCACAAACUGUUAUUGAAGGUGCAUUGAUGGGUGGUUUAUCAUUGAUCAUUGCAUUUAUAUUUAUAUUCCUAUCAGAUAUUCUACCAAACCGUUCUGCAGAACUCAGCAAAGUCAAAUCUAACCUCUUCUUCUUGGUUGGUUUCAUUGUUAAUGGAAUUUCCACGACGAUUAUCAGUGGUUUUGCAUUGACCGCCGAUACCAAAUUAUUGCAAACCGUGAUUGUAUCUGGUUUGAAUAGUUCCUCCACUUUGGAUUUAUCCUAUUGUUUAUCUGGUAGUAUUACACAAAAUUCAUUUGCCGAUGUCUGUACUCUAGAGUUGACUUCUGGCGACCCUACUAGUAGUUGCAUUGUAAACAUUCUGUAUUCGAAAUUCAACCUAAACUCCAUCACAACAACUUUAAAUACCACCAUGAGGACAUUGGCCUCCGAAUAUUUCUAUGUCACAGAGAAUAUUCCCUCCACAAGCACAAUGUCAAUGUAUUCAAGUACGAUCAAUCCUGCCUACCAACCCAACUAUUUAGGAGACAUAGAGUUUAGUGCUUUGUUUACCAUGAAAUUCGUGAAGAACUCUAAGAGUAUUCUCUAUGGAAAUUGGUAUCUUACGAAUGGAACUUCGAUUAGUCCAAUGUACUUGGUCGCUGGAACACCCACAGGCGGAACUUUGAUGGCAUUUACCUACGUAACCAACUCUGUCACUCAUAUAGCUCCUGGAUUUUUUAGCACACCCAAUAGUUUAGCACCUUCUCAGCAAUAUGUAUUAGCGGUGUCUGUAAUCCAUUCUAUUCCGAACAGUUUCGUAUCUGUUUUACCAAAUUCAAUGAACUUGACAAACGACUACAAACCCAAUUUAUUAACAGUCUAUUAUGGAUACUUAGACGACAAGCAGAUAGUUACUUUUCCUUGGGGUGUCGUUCAAUAUGGAUUCCAAAAUCAAUACGGUAUAGAUGAUCUAGGUUAUAAGAUUACUCAAUUCGUUCAUCCAAUGCUUCCCUCUGGUAGUUAUUCCUAUAGAUUCUUUUCAAAUAGCAACGUCUAUCCUCUGAAUGUAAAUGGGUCCACGGAUUUAACAAAACCUUCAAUGAAUGAUUUUGUAGUCACCUACGUUUCUGGAAGAACCUAUAGUAUACGAAUGAAUAUCUUAGAUUCAGAAUCAGGUGUUUACAAAAUCAAUGUCAAAGUUGGAGCCACCCAAUUCUCUAUCACUCAAGCUGAUUUAAUUGGAGGAAAUAUUUAUAAUGGAGUGUAUCAAACUACUUUUGACUAUAUUCCAGAUACAUCAACUCAGAUCUUUGCCAAUUUUAUCAUUACUAUUAAAGACUAUGCAUUAAAUUAUGUGUUUUAUCGAAGUGGUGUUAAUAUUACAUCGAUAAGUUCAAAUGUAACAGAAAUAACAGAUGCAUUAUUCCAAGGAGAUGCAAUUACUGUUCCAAUCAAAUUUAGUAUAAAGACAACAUUGAUUGAUAAAGGAAUGAAGCCGAUUCUUUAUCUCGACACACAUCCAUUCCAUCAGAUUCCACCAUUUAUCGGAUAUUGGGAUAAUGCUGCUGGUUCAUACUCAAUCGAAUUUAAUAUGUCGAAAUAUGAAAUAGGAACUGUCAUUGAACUCAACUUUAGAAUUGCUUUUGAAACAAUUUAUUAUAGUUCUACAAUUAGAUAUUUAACAUCGACAACUUCUAUUUUGAAAAUAUCUAUUUCAAAUGGUGAUAAGGUAGGACCAAUGUUGGAAAGCAUUACCGCUUCCAGAAGUCUAGCUACAACUUAUAUUGCUAGUGCCGAUUAUAUCGGUAGUAUUACUUGGAUGUUGAAAUUCUCCGAUGAAAGUUGUGGUUUUAAGGAAGCAAAAGCAUAUAUCCAGACAACCAAGAGAAUGAAUAUUACAGCGUUGAUUACCUCCAGUAACUUUGUGAGUGGAGACCUAAAUAUGGGUAAUUAUAAUUUGACGAUUCCAAUUACCACAUCAGAUGUAAAUUUCACUAUUACCUGUAUCGAAACUCUUGACAAUUGUGGCAAUAGGAAACUAUGUAAUGGUACAACACCGAGUCCAAUUUCGAAAUUCUAUUACAAUAGUGUAGUCACCAAUCCUGUUACUGAGAGAACCAACAUUGUUCCACUGGUGAGUGGACAACCAGUAUCAACAACGACUCCAGUACUUACAUACCUCAACUAUACACUUUCAAUGCCAACACCAAAUAUAUGCAGAGUUAACAUGGAAAUCACAGCACAAGAUCCAAGCUAUAUCUCUGCUUUCUUUAAUCCAACGCUCUAUUUACAAGGAGUUUACGAUGACUAUAUAGCAGUUAGCCAUACUACUUAUGAUGUGUCUGGAACUGCAAAGAUAUUUUAUUUUCAACAGGAUAUUCCAAUUUCAUUUGGUUUCAGUACGACAAGUAUUAUCUAUUCUAUUUAUGGUCUAACAAACAAAGCUAUGAAAACAGCGGCUUAUGAUGCUGGUAAAUUAAAAGAUAUGGGUUUUCCUUAUUUCAUUCAAGUUGGUUGUAAUUAUUUUGAUUAUAUACCACCACCUCAAACACCUUCACCGACUCAACCAAAUGUAACAUCAACACCAACACCUCCUAGGACAUGUCCUGGAAGCACUCCUUGCAGUGGCAAUGGAAUUUGUUUAAAUGGAACAUGUCAAUGCACUGGAUUAUACUCUGGACCGGCAUGUAAUGAUCAAAUUAUCUUACCUGAUCACCCACCUCUUGUGGAUCCAACAGCACCAACUACCAUUAUCCCAACCAAUGCAUUCCUAAACAGUUCAAUUUCAAUCUAUUCAUUCCAAGAGCUCGAUGACACCAACAGUGUAAUCAACCAAAUUCUAUUCAAUUCUUGGAAUUUCCAGAAUAUUACAACAACCAAAUUCCAAUAUAACAAUCUAAAUAAUGCUAAAAUUAAUAUCACAGUGGAAAUUGAAUAUUUCUUAAAGACAACAACAAUCGAAUUUGCAGGACAGAAUCUCACUAUGACACCAUACACUGUAAAAUAUUCAAUUACCAUUUCCAAUUAUACAUUUACUUCACCGAUCAAUGUUGGUAGAUUAGUUAUGACAGCUGGUAUUCAAAGUACAAAAGAAGAAUGCUCUUAUGUUACAAUGGAUGACAAUGACAGUAUCAAUUGGAUGAAGUUAAAUAUCGGAGCACAAAGUUUAUAUUGUAGAUUUAUAGAGCUAGCAGUUGUCAAUGAUGAGCGUGUCACCACUGUCGAUACGAAAUUCAUCAACUCCACACUGGUCAGUGACUCUGAGAACACAGAUGAAAUCUCAAGUUAUAUUGGUAUCUUGAUGCCACAGUUUGAAACAAUUAGUAUAGAUCCUGAUUUUUCAGUUUUGAUCAAUGCUGAAGGUGACGAAGGUAAAUGUAAAUCAAAGAACAAAAUCGGAAUGAUUGUUGGUAUUGUUGUUGGUGGUGUUGUUGCCAUCGCCAUUGCUGUUGGUGCUAUUACUUUCUAUCGAAAGAGAACAAAACAACUUCAAGAGAGUAGGAGAAUGAAUCAAAAAUUAAAAUCAAUGAAUCAACAAUAA